AUGUUGAUUCCAUUAUCUGGUAUAGCUUCACUAUUAGCUUUAUCACAAGCUAUAACAGUCAACACUUCAGCCCCAGAAGCUUCCGCUGAUGAUCCAUACAAUCAUAGUCCAUCAUUCUAUCCAUCACCGCAAGGUGGCCGUCUUCACGAUGGGAAAUGGCAAGCUGCAUACCAUCGUGCAAGAUCAUUAGUUGAUCAAAUGACAAUAACUGAAAAAGUCAAUCUAACAACGGGGAUAGGUGCUCUUAAUGGUCCAUGUUCUGGUAAUACAGGUUCUGUUCCACGUUUAAACAUUUCAUCAAUUUGUAUUCAAGAUGGUCCAUUGUCAGUCCGUGGUGCUGACCUAACUGAUGUUUUCCCCUGUGGUAUGGCUGCUGCUACUUCUUUCAAUAAAGAAUUAGUUUAUGAUCGUGCUGUGGCUAUUGCCUCUGAAUUCAAAGGGAAAGGUGCAGACAUUAUGCUUGGUGCAGUAUAUGGUCCAAUGGGUGUCAAAGCUGCUGGUGGUCGUGGUUGGGAAGGUCAUGGUCCUGAUCCUUAUUUAGAAGGUGCUUUUGCGUAUUUGGAAACUAUUGGUAUUCAAUCUCAGGGUGUUGUGAGUGUGGCAAAGCAUUUAAUUGCACAAGAGCAAGAACAUUUUAGAUUUGCAAGAACUUCAAAAUUAGAAAUGGGGAAAAUUAUAGAUCCAGAAAUGUUUAAUACAACUUCUUCAUUAUCUUCAGAUAUUGACGAUAGAGCUAUUCAUGAAAUUUAUUUAUGGCCAUUUGCUGAAGCGGUGAGAGCUGGAGUUUCUUCUGUCAUGUGUUCAUAUAAUAAACUCAACAGUUCUCACACUUGUCAAAAUUCAUACUUGUUGAAUUACUUGUUAAAGGAAGAAUUGGGAUUCCAAGGUUUUGUAAUGAGUGAUUGGCGUGCAUUAUACGCUGGCCUUGAUGCUGCCAAUGCUGGGUUAGAUAUGAAUAUGCCUGGUGAAACUAAAUAUUUUGGUGGUAAUUUGACAACUGCAGUAUUGAAUGGUACUUUACCACAAGAAAGAUUAGAUGAUAUGGUUACAAGAAUUUUGUCAGGUUUAAUUUAUGCAGGUGUUGAUAAUCCAGAUGGACCAAAUUAUAAUGCUCAAACAUUUUUAACUCAAGGUCAUGAAUAUUUUGUUCAAAAAAAAGGUGAUAUAAUCACAUUGAAUAAACAUGUUGAUGUUCGUUCUGAUUUCAAUAGAGCUGUUUCUUUGAAAUCAGCUGUGGAAGGUAUAGUGUUGUUGAAAAAUGAAAAAAAUGCAUUACCAUUAACAAAAGAGAAUACAAAACGUAUUUCAAUAUUGGGUCAGGCUGCAGGUGAUGAUUCUAAAGGUACUUCAUGUGCUUUAUAUGGUUGUGGUACAGGUGCAACAGGUACAGGAUAUGGUUCUGCAGCUGGUACUUAUACAUAUUUUAUCACUCCAGCUGGUGGUAUUGGUACUCGUGCUCAAGAGGCGAAGAUUUCAUAUGAGUUUAUUGGUGAAUCUUGGGAUCAAAAAGAUGCUAUGGAUUCUGCUUCGUUUGCAGAUGUUGCUAUAGUGGUUGCUAAUUCAGUUGUUGGUGAAGAGAUUGAUCAAGUUGAUGGGAAUUAUGGUGAUUUAAACAAUUUAACAUUAUGGCAUAAUGCUGUUCCAUUAAUUCAAAACAUCUCUAGUAUCAACAAUAAUACUAUUGUUAUUAUAACUAGUGGUCAACAAGUGGAUUUAGAACCUUUCAUUGAAAAUGAAAAUGUUACAGCUGUUAUUUAUAGUUCAUAUUUGGGUCAAGAUUUCGGUACUGCUUUAGCUAAAGUGUUAUUUGGUGAUGAAAAUCCUUCUGGUAAAUUACCAUUUACAUUUGCUAAGAAUGUUGAAGAUUAUAUUCCAAUUAUCAAUAAGGUUGAAGUACAGAAUCCUGUUGAUAGAUAUAACGAAUCAAUUUUUGUUGAUUAUAGAUAUUUUGAUAAAUAUGAUAAGCCAGUCAGAUAUGAAUUUGGUUAUGGAUUAUCUUAUUCCAAUUUUUCAUUAAGUGAUAUUGGUGUUGAGAUUAUUGAACCAUUUACUGAAAAUGCACAACCUGCAGGAGUUGAAUAUUCUGAGGUUUAUCAAUAUACACAAUCAAGUAUGGAUCCAAAUGAGUAUGUUUUCCCAGAAGGUUUUGAUAAACUUGCCAAAGUUACAUAUCCAUAUAUUGAUGAUGCUUCUUCAAUCAAACCUAAUAGCUCCUAUGAUUAUCCAGAAGGUUACUCAACUAAACAAUUAGAUGGACCAGUAUCAUUAGCUGGUGGUGGAUUAGGUGGUAAUCCUCAUUUAUGGGAUAUUGGCUAUGUUGUUACUGCUAAAGUUACCAAUGAAGGUCCUUAUUUUGGUGGGUUUGCACCUCAAUUAUACGUUAAAUAUCCUGAUAAUGAAGAAUUCCCAACACCUCCAGUUCAAUUACGUGUUGGCCAAACAGAAGUGCAAAAUAUCAAAAAAAAAUCUUCUAAUUCGCGACCAUCAAACUCUACCCAAAACAACAUCAUCAACAUCAAGAUCAAAGAAUGGCUGAAUUCCCCAUAGAGAAACAUAUCAAAUACUUUAAACGAUGUCUAGACAUCCUUCCCUCCCGUCUACAAAAGGAGGACUCAAAUAAACUAAUGAUUGUAUACUGUUGCAUAGGUGGAUUAUCUCUACUAAACUACAAAUUCUCAUCAAUUGAACGUCAGAAUUAUAUAAAUUUCAUAUAUUCACAUUAUUUACCAAGUGGUGAAGGGUUCAGAGGCUCCAUGACACAUGCUCUACCCAAGAGCACUAGAUAUGACCCACCCACCGUGGCCAAUACUUAUUGUGCGUUGUGUAUAUUGUUGAUGUUGGAGGAGGAUUAUAGUGAGAGAUUGGAUAAAG